AUGCAUCAGUUAGGACACCAAGAAAAAGCAGCACUUCUUCUUGCUGCCGACGAUGAUGACGACGACGUCGACGAACAGACUCAUCACGACGUGACCACUUCAUCAUCAACACAUAUCAACGACCGUUUUCCCGUUGUCACCAAGCGACCACGAACCUAUCAUCGUCAUCAAUCAGUCGCUCCACAACCGAUCCUCUGUUUCUUCUUUAUCCUCGCAGCUUUUCUCCUCGGAUCGGCAAGUACUGUUGUCAUCAUGCUCUAUCGAAUGUCUCAGGAAGCUGAACGUACUCGACUAACGACCCCAGACAUCAAUCCACAACGUUUCAAUGUUGACCUGUCCAUCCAAACAAAGCUGUCCGAAUCUCUCACGACGAGUAACUUUGUAAAUAUGAGUUCCGUCGAUAGUGAAGAUAAUGCUGCAAACAAGCUGUUCGAGACGUGGCAAUCGCUGUCACCAUCACUGGAUCGUGUGAAUAAGUUUUCUUACGACGUCAUGCUCUCCAAAUAUGUAGAAUCGUCUGCGUGGAAUGGAAUCCAACUACUCGAUGGCCAAAACAAUACAGAACUUCUGAAGAUUGAUCGCCUGUCAACGAAUGAACUCAUCUCAUUUUCGUCGUUAGUGAAGUCGGGAACAGUUGAUGGGAAAUUCGUGUACUAUGUGAACUACGGACGACAAGAAGACUUCGCUCAUCUCUUUAGGAGCGGUAUUUGGGCCUCCCAACGAGCACAAUCAAUUAUUUUUAUGCGUCGACGAUCGUCGGUCAUUUCUCAGACUGAACAGAUUUAUCAAGCCAUCUAUCAUGGCUUUGGUGGCUUAGUUCUCUUCGAUGACAAUGUUAAUCAAUUACCAGCAGCAUCAAAUGGCCGGAACACCUUUUAUAACGAAUGGAGACAACAGUUCGAAACUAAAAGUGGUGAUGAUUUUCUCUACAACAGACUGAAGAAUACCGACCAUUCGAUAUGCGUGUUGACUCUUUCGUACGAUGACGUUCAACGUAUCUUCGGAUCUCUUCAGCCCGAUUCCAAUCAGUGGUCAACUCCUCCACUCGAAUGGCACAAUCAAUCCACACUGAUGAAGAUCGGCGGACCGCUCACAACUAUCAAACUCAGACUCGUUGUCAACGUGGAACAAGUCAAAGUCGAGCUCCCAGUCGUCAUGAGUUCGAUUCGUGGUUCGAUCGAUCCAGAACACUUUGUCAUGAUCGGACAUCAACUCAACUCAGCUCAGCAAAAUCACAUUGUCAAUCAGAUCGUUCAAACUUAUGUCAAUCAGAUGAAAAGUGGAUGGAAACCAAAACGAUCGAUUUUAUUCUGUGGUUGGUCUGGAUUGAGUUAUGAUCGAUAUACAGUCCGUCGAUGGAUUUCGGAGAAUUCUCUGUUGAUUGAUCGACAUAUGAUUGCUUACCUCGAUCUGGGUAAUAAUAUCACUGGUAAUUCGAUUCUGAAUCUACAUGGAUCACCAUUGUUGGAACAGAUAGCAUUUCGUGCUGCUAAUUAUGUUAUAAGUCCUCUCGAACAUAAUCAAACAUGUCAUCAGCGAUCGAUGACGACAACGAUGGCGAAUGAAGAGAAUCAUCACCAUGAUCACAGUCGAAGACGACGACGACGACAAGAUGGGGAUGAUCAUGGUCAUGAACAUGAAAUGAAACGAAAACAAGUAGAAGAAGAGAAAUGUGAACGAUAUAAAUUGUUGGAUGAAUGGAUAAAAGCAAAUCGAAAUCGAAGUUUAGGAAUUGUACAAAGUAUUGAUGUUGAAUCAUCAGCAUCAAUAUUUUUCCUGGAAUAUGGAAUUCCAUCAAUUGUAAUCGAAAUGACAAAUGAAAAGGGUUUAUCAAGUGAUACAUUUUAUGUUCGUCAUGAACGACCUCUAUUUUCAUCUGAAAAUAUUCAACCUGAGGUGUUUGUUGCGUAUACACAAUUCAUUAUCGAAUUCAUUCGACAGUUGGUCGAUGAACCACUGAUUUCAUUCAAUUUAACGAAUUAUGCUGAUCAACUUGAUAAAUUAGUACCGGAAUUUGUUGAACAUCAUAAGAGAGGAUAUGAAUCUGUCGCUUAUCACGUUGGUGAAUCAAAAGAGUUUACGAACAUCUUGAAUGAAUUGAUAAAAUCUAUUCGACAAGUUCAAUUACAUAUUGAUCAAACGUCGAAAACUGAUUAUUUUCUAUUACAACUUCUAAAUGAACAACUCAUUGAAUUCGAACGUUUAUUUAUCAGCAAAGAUCAACUUUAUGGAAUGAAUUCCGAAAAGAAAAUCUUCAAACAUGUUUUAUUUGGUCCAGUGAUUGGACUAACGAAUACAAUUGUUCCAUUUCCAUUAUUAUCGAAUAUUCUUUAUGGAUUACCAGGUGAUCCACCUACUGAACUAUGUGAUGCUUCACGAUUUUAUUGGUUGAAAUUAAAGGAUCAUAUUUUACUUGUGAAUCGAACAAUAAAUGGAUUUGAUGGACUUUUAACAAAGAGCAAAUGA